AUGAAGAUGACGAUGGUGUCCCUUUUGCAAGUAAUAGUCUUUCUUCUGUCAGUCAGUGCGGUAGAGAGUUCGUCCCUCCGUGGUCUUGAGGGUAUUCAUACCGGUAAGGAUGAAGCAACGUUGGAAGAGCAAGAGCAAGAGCAACGGCAGCUCCAAAAUGGGUACUACCGCUACGGCUGCGAUCGAGUAUUGAGCGCUCAGCUUUUUGAUCCUUCGUCGAAUCGCUGCGGGCAGUCUGCGUGUGGCAGCGUGACUUUUCGGUGUCCCUCUGAGUGGAGCGGCUUUACGGAGAUUUCGUAUUCCAUCAGGGGAUUGACUCCCGGAAAACACGCGCUUCAUGUACACCAAUUCGCCGUAGGCACUGGAGGUGACUCGUCUUGUUUGUCUACUGGAGGACACUGGAAUCCUCAGCACAACAAUCACGGAGGAAAUCUCAAUGCCCAGAGACACAUUGGAGACCUCGGUAACAUUUUGGCAGAUGAUUCUGGUCUAGCCGAAGGUACUCUGUUGGCUUAUGUUCCUCUCCGUGGAAACCUAGGUAUCAAUGGAAAAGCUGUCGUUGUACACGCUGGAACAGAUGACCUCGGAACUGGCGGAGAUGAUGGAUCUAGGUCGGUCGGAAAUGCAGGAGCAAGACCUGGUUGUGGUACCAUCAACUUGAGAGUCUACUAG